UUAGCCAUGGGUAAAAGUUGUACCCCAAUCACGAUUCCAGAUGAUCGGUAUGCUGAUAAGUGUUAUCGUUCGAAAAAUUCUUAUUUUUAUUACUUACUACUUAAUACUAUCAGGUGACAGGACGGUAUCGAACAUUAUUAUUAACAUUACAAUUUACAACUAUUCCCAAUAUAUUAUUUUGUUCAUUGUUAUUGCUAUUACGUAUUUCGUAAUUUCGUUAAUUUACUUGUCUAUGACUUCGACUUCCAAGUAAUUAAAAGUUUCUGCGCUGUUUUUGUUCGUUUUAUUUUAUCAAAUCUAAUCAUGUCUGCAAUUAAGUUUGGUAGCCACCUAAAAGAACUACGAUUGCACUUAUGUCAGUCAUCUGCUUCAAGCAAAGGAGUCCGGCAGUUUGUUGAAAAAUACUAUAUUCCAUUGAAGAAAGCUAAUCCAAAAUUUCCCAUAUUAGUUCGCGAAUGCAGUGGUGUGGAACCCAAAGUGUUUGCUCGUUUUGAAUUUGGACAAGAACGAAGCGAACAACUAUCCGAUCAAUCAGCAGACAAUGUACUUAAAAAAAUAGAAGGAUUAGUAAAACAAUAAAACUUUGGUAAAAAAAAAAAAUAAUAUUAUUUUAAUAUUAUGUACAUAUUAUAAAAAUAUUAUACUAAUAUAUUUCAGUUUUUGUAGUCUGUUCAGCAAUAUGAUAUUAAAUAUUUUAAAUUUAAUUUAGACUAAUAAUUUUAGUUCUAAACUAUUAAAAUCUUAAAUAUGAAUAACAUCUUGUUUUCUUUAAAAAAAAAUAUAUUGUUUAUAAAUAGUA